AUGCCCAACACAAACAUGCCCACCCAGCGCCCCUUCUUCCUCUCCACCUUCUUCGCCUCCUUCCGCCAGGCACCCAACACAUCAUCCCUCGCCCAGCAACCGAACAAGCACACAACCCAGUCGGCCUCGUCCUCCUCAGCAGCCGCCUAUGCCCAGCAGCAGUCGGCCUCGUCCGCGUCCUCGAACCCGCGCGCCAUCGCCCCCCCCUCGGCGACCGGCAGCGUCGUCAACCAGCUGCCGCUGCACUCACCGCGCGGCGCCGCGCGUCGCGCAUGGCGUGCCCAUCCCCGCGUCGUCUCCCGGUCGAGGGCGCGGCAGCGACAGCUCGAGCGAGGGGUUCAGGGACGUGCUCGGCGCGGAAAAGUGGUAUGUCGGCGGGCGGACGGCAGGCGGCGAGGAGAGGUUCUUCAAGAUGGGCGUCGUGAGGCGGGUGAGGAGUAA